GAAACGGAGACGGAAUCGGAGGACCGGUGGUGAGAGGGCAAAAAAGGAGGAAAUCCUCUCUUCUCUGGAAACAACUGUUGCAUGUUUUUGCCAGAAUGGAGGCGGGAGAUUUACUGGUGGAUUGCCUCAGGGCUGCAGCAGCUCUACCGUCUACUCAGCCGUCUGAAGGAGUGCGGUUAAACUACUGUAGAUGCAGAGAUUCUCUAUGUGCAGAACUGGCUUCUCUGCUGCAGGAGGCCAUGGACAUGAAGUGGCCCUUUGCACCGGAGAAGUGGCAGUACAAGCAGUCAGUGGACGCCAAUGACAAGACCAACCUCAAUGACCUCAUUAGGGAGCAUCUACCCCAGCUUCUGGCUCUUCUAAAGGCAGCCAUCAUGGCUCAGGAGGCACAGUCGGCAUUGGCGGUGGUUUUCUUAGUGGACCGUUUUUUCUACUGGACCGAUGAGUCCAUCCGGCUGCUAAAGAUUGCCAGACUGCUCCACCAACACCACCACAAUACCCCCAUAGCCCCACAACUGGUCAUACGGCAGGCCAGGGUCUAUCUCAACUCUGGCAAACUGCAGAAAGCUGAAUACAUCCUGAGCAGUUUGAUUAACAACAGUGGAACAACAGGCUGUUGGAUCUACCAGUCUGAAAGUGACAGAGCUCUUGUGCAGGCUGUCAGUGUUCAAGUGCGUGGAAUGAUCUUGCAAAAGCUCGGCUUGUGGCUUGAGGCCGCAGAGCUAAUCUGGGCCUCUCUGGUUGGGUACUACUCACUUCCUCAACCUGAUAAAAAGGGUAUUGGAACCUCUUUGGGAAUACUGGCCAACAUACUGGUGUCUAUGAAUGAUGAGGACUUCCAUGCUUUUAGGACUAAUUCAGAUAUUGAUUUUCCAUCUUUACUCGGGGAUGGGAGUCAUCGCCUUCUUUCAGCCGCUCAGGCAGCUAAGAUGGCCGUGAUAUACAGUCAGUACACUUCACUUUACGUGUUGACCAAUGUGACAACUCAAGGGACCUGCUUGCUAUCAUACAGUUUCUCACUGGAAUGUCCUUCCUCUCAGAGAGAGUCCUACCUCAGGCAGGCAAGAGAAGCAUUUGCAAUUGGCCUUCUCACCAAAACAGAGGGCGAUCUGGUCACCAGCCAGCAGGAACUUCAUACCUUCCUCAAAGCUGCUUACUCCAUCACCGUCGUUCAGAAAUGGCUCAACACACCUCGAGAGGUUGUAGCGAAGGCUGCUCAAAUUUGUCAAAAAGGUCUAGAAAAAUUCUACAAUUACUGUCACGUCGGUACUCAGAAAAAAGAUGGCCUCUCUGCUGAAGUCAUGCAUCUCAUCGCUCAAGUUAAGCUUCUGUUGGGUGUGGACCCUAUGCCUAAUUCAGAUAAGGGGUCUUUUAUUCCUGACAGCUAUAGAAGUGUCAAAGAUUCUUCUGUUCAUUUCACCCUGGAGGGUUUUUCGAAGAUAAUGCAGAGAUUUCAAAAGUAUCAUGCAACGCUGUGCAAAACCACAACCAGAAGUUGUAAGGGGACUAAAGAUGAGACAGAUGGGGCAGAAGUGUGUUUAACAGCAGUGGGGACAACCAUAGGGACACUCAGCACAGAAGGAGCUAAGCCAAACCCAACCCAAAAGUCUGAGCUUUGUAAAAGCAAAGACAACCUUGGCUCUUCAUGGCAGAAGAUCUCCCUGAGUAGUUCAGGCUCACCUCGGCCUAGCAGCAGUGGCUAUACAGGAAGCAUUCCCACUGGACAUGCAGCAGAUGCGAAUGAUCAGAGCUGUGUCAUCACUGAGGGUUACGAUGACAUGUCAGAUGGUUUGUUUCAGUCUCCUGUUAAAAACAAGAAGCAAAACCCACAGGGUUGUAACCCUGGUUUCAGUUCCUAUGCUGCUUCAGCGUCUGCAAUACCUAUUACUUCCUCCAAAUCACAAAAUGAUUCAGAAGCCGGAAAAGAGACAGUGGACACUGAUCUGGACUGGAUGGAUGAUGUUGUAAUGGCACAGAAUCAAUCAGAUGUUAAAGACGCAGUACAGUCCCUGUCACAGCUGACUCUCAAGACAUUGUCCAGUUCGCUUGGUGACAGUUUCGGUUCCCAGUCAUCGUGGGAGAAAAUCUCAGAUGAGCAUAACUCCCCCAUGAAUACAAAACCACAGCCUAGUAAUCUACCAAAAGCAGGAACAAUUCAAGGUCACAAGUCUCCAGAUUCUGAUGAGAGCUUUUUUGUCAUGGAAACACUUGAUCUUGAAACCGAUGAUUUAGCUCAUGUCACAUACAAAAACCACAAAUCUGCUCAGGUAGUCAAAGCAUCACCCAAGCCACAACCCCUGCAGAGCCGUGAUGUCUACCUAGAUACGAAGCUAGAAACUGAUUCAGUACCUGCAAAACCUGCAACCUCCAAAGCUUCAGUGGCCCCAUGCAAGCAAUCACAGGCUGUCCCAAAUCAGUACGAAGCCACAGAAACCUCCACAGAGAGUUCAUUUGAGUUGCUGGAGGUGGAGGAGAAUCAGAAUGGACACCAACCAAAUUCAGUGACCUCUACAGAAAACAAAAAAGUCCCUGAGAUGAACCCUUUGUGUUACAGCUGCUUAAACCCCAGCAAGGUAGCUGUCCAACAGUUUUUGUUAUCCCAGCAAGACUACCAAGCACUACUAGCUGGAGUUUGCCAUGACUGUCUGCUGAGGAGGUUAUACAGUGACAAGAGAAAAUUCCAACUCAGUGAGCACCAGACUGCUUACAGCGCCCUUCAUUUAAAAUUCUCCAAAGCCACUGGACUGUGGACAGCCAGAGAAACCUGCGUCUACAUUGGAGAGUUGAUGGGGUUGAAAGGCAAGCAGAGGGCAGCGAUAUGGGUUCAGUUUUUACACCAGGAGGAGAGAUUAAGCAGUUAUGUGGGGAAAGAUUACUUGGAACCAAGGGGAAUCCAGUUUCACCUGAAAGACGUGGAAAGACAGAUGACAGCCCAGUACUACGUCACCCAAUUUAACAAGAGUCUCUACGAUAAAGAUGACAUGGCUCAAAUCUUCUUCAUUCCCUCAGAAGCACUGCUGAUUCUGAAUGGAGAUGAGAUUGUUGGCUGUGUAACAGUGGAGCCAUACAUGCUCGGAGAUUUUGUCAAACUGACAAACAACGCUGGGGUGAAGGACAUGAGAUUCAAGGCUACUGACUAUGGUCUCGCCUUUGGACACUUCACCUACCAGUUCUCUGAUGGCGAGGAAGUUGUUGUAGACCUGCAGGGAUGGGUGACAGCCAACGGCAAAGGUCUGACCUACCUCACCGACCCACAGAUUCACUCUACCAGGACCCCCAAAGGUCCCGCUAACUUUGCUGACAGGGGGCUCAGGUACUUCCUGGAAGAGCAACACGGACCAGAGUGCAAUGAGAUUUGCCGCCUGCUCAAACUCCGUCCAUUCCCCACACGGCCAUGUGUUCUUCCUUAAAAAAGUACUGUAAUAAUAAAUGAGUGGUAAUUAUGGUUAUUUAAUUUUUUAUAGUGUGCUAAAAAUUUACUGGAACAAUUUUAUUUUUAGGAAUAUUGAAAAUAUGAUUUUAGUGAGCUUGAUCCACGUUUUGGCUUGAGUUUACAUAAUUUGGAUUAAAUGACAAUUUACUGGUUGUUAUUUAAAAAGCGUUCAAAUCCAAAAUAAAAAUCAGUAAAGCUACCAAAUCUUACAAGUAGCUUAUGUUAUAAAUUACAUAUUACAGCCACUGUUGCUGUAGUUAUAUAACAAAAGUCUUGUCUGUAUCAUGCAAUCAAUGACUCAUCACUCUGUCAAUGGACUGCAGUCUAACUGGAGCCAGAGUAGAAGAAUUACUUCAUAUGGAACAAAUAGUCUGGAGUGGAAAGUUGUGCCUUUAUGAAAACAUUUUACCAUGUGUGCUCUGUAGUUUGUAGAAAACUGGGCCCCCUAUUUAUAAGCUGUAAGUAACCCCCCUGGGGUGAACCAUUGCACACUCCUUCCACUGUAAUAAUGUACACUUCAAAUGUUGUAUUUCUUUAUGUGUGUGUGAAUAAACUAAAUUAAACUAG